AGCUGUCCAAUGGGGACGCUCCGUGCUAGCAUCGUUUGGGUUCGAGGGCUUAACCACUGCCGCCGUCGCCGCCUGAGGAAUGUCAACUAUUCAACAUGGAGGCGGCGGUCACUAAGCUGGAAGUGAUGUUCCAGAAAGCAGAAUCUGAUCUGGAUUACAUUCAACACAAGCUGGAAUUUGAAGUCAAGAAAAGUCUUCCUGAUGAUUCGUCAGGAGAGGAAAAUCCACUUACGCUGUUAAAGGAAUUGUCAAUGAUGAAAUCUCGAUAUAAGACUUUGUGUGCCCAACUGGAACAAGUUGCUGUUGAACAGAAAGAGUCUAUGAACUGUAUUCGUGCUACUUUGAAUAAUACUAUGAAAAUGGUACAGCAACUAGAGCAACAAGCAGAUCUGGAGUUGUCACCUCUGACUAAGGAAGAACAGACUGCAGUACAACAAUUACAAUCCCAUUCAACGUGCCAGACUUCAGGAGGAAUGGACUUACAUAAGACAACUCUAAUGUAGUUUUCUAGCAUGAGUUUUUUCACCUUGGUUGAAGUUUUCAUCACAACCUCAAACAGAACUCUACUGAAUAUGACACCAAUGAACAGAUGAUACAGAUGAAUGUGAAAGCCAGGAGCCUAAGCUAUGGAGUCAGAAAGAGCUGAAGUUAAGAAAAAUGGAAACAGUAAGAUGGACAAGGCAGAUUAAAGAUAAAGGAUCUCUUCGUUUUGAUGCAUGAAAUGAGCAUUAACUCCUCGUGUGCCAGGAAGCUGUUAUUUUGAUAGUGGUGUUAUGGCGAUAAAUGUGUUGUGAGAGUUGCUUGUGCUGUAUUAACUAUUUGUAAUAAGUGUUCCUUUAAAACUAAAAAAAUCUGUAAGCCAUCUAAGUACCGUUUUUAACUGCGUCAUGUUUUACUUUUGUAUUCUGGAAAUUAAUCUAAGUUCUCUAUUCUCUGGAGUGUUUCUUUGGAGCUUCAAGUCAGAAGUCUCUGAAAGUUUAGUAGUGAGAUCAAUCCCUAAAUUGCUACAUUUGAGAAAUACAUUUAACCUCCCCAGUCUUAGUUUUCCCCUUUAGAAAACUGAGAUUUAACUAGUUUUAUCCUCCUCCCAGGGAUGAAGGAAAUAUUAUAUCCACAGGCAAACAAAUUCCUUGGGGGUAGGGAUUGUCAGCAUGUGAAGUUUUAUUGUCAUUGCUUGAUUUUAAAAUGUGUCUAGACUUGAUAAUUUAUACUUAGUACUUUUUUUUCAAAUGCCUGCUUUUAGUUUCUCAACCUGAUACAUAAAAUAGAAAGUAUCCACAGUGUUUCCAUGACCUCAUAUAGGAAGAUAAAUAUUAAUGUGUGAUUUGAGAAUUAAGAGUAUACAACAAAGAGCUUUCUGCGUGUUUGCCUUUGGCUAUUUUACUUGGUGUGCUGUGAUGACACUAAUUAAUCACUCCUUGGUUUCCAUGAUCCUGAUGAUCAUUUGAAGUAUUUUAUUUCAGUGCUUAUUUCAGAUUUUGUAUAUAAAUAAAUUAAGUUUAUCAUGUCUUGGAAGUGCAAUACUCAUGCUAAUUAAUAUCAUUGUAUUGGAUUUGUUAAAUUAAAAUAUUCCAACACCUUUAA